AUGGCCUUCAACAUGUUUCUAGUCGCCGUGAUCCUCUUUUCUGUUGGGGCCGCCGCAAGUGCCGAUGAGCGGUGCACCCCGGAACAGCUCAAGAAAUGCGAUUUUGUUGUGAAGGGCAGCGCGGGCGCCGUCCCCACAAUGACAGUCGAGGCCGUGAACGGCAACCGAAUCCUCUCCAACGCGCCGGUACUGCACAACCCCGCGGCUUUCCAAGAUCGUCGCGCGCUCUCAGUGGCAGUCGUGGGGAGAGCGGGCGAAUGGCCAUUCGCGACCGAUUGGUCGUCGCAAGCGAUCGGCGCGGAGUUCCGUCGCGCCAAUAGCGGGCGCGGAACGGUAGCCGCGGCGGCCACUCCCGCGGGUUGGUCUGAUCUGAGUCUCACAGAUGAGGAGAUUAGGGACGGAAUCGCGCUAGAAGCGGAGCUGCGCGGCCGCGACAGGCGGCGGAAAUCACGGCGCGCGCUGGACGACGCGGAGCUGGUCGCGGGGGUGGGGGGACCCGCGGAGGUGUCUGGCGCAGCGGGGGGUGGGGAGUCGGAGCGGGAGAUUGCGGUGGAGGGACCGAGGCGCGGUGUGCCGGGGAAGGGGCGCAAUGCGUAUAAGCGGAACGCAAAGAAGGCCAAGGACUAUGGGCUGGCGCUGGUGGAACUGAAGGGGAAGGAGUUGCAGAGAGUCGUGAGCUGGAUGGAUCUCCCCGAGGAAACACUGGAGGCAGUGCAGCUCGCACAGGUCAUCACCCGGCGGGGGAAGAACGGGUGGCGGCGCCAGCUGAGCUAUAUUGGGGGGCUGCUGCGAGGAGUAUCAGAGGAGAGGAUGGACGAGGCCAUAUUUGCUGCCAAGUCGGGUGUAGUGCCCUCAUUUGUGGACGAGGAGAGCGGGCAGGGAGAGGGGGAGAUGGUCGAGACGGAGGGGGCAGUGAAGACAGUUUUAUAG